UGGGGUCAGUUUUGUUUCCGCGGAUCCGCCAUUUCAUUUUUUGAAGUUAAUUGUGACAAGUAACAAGAUUUGAUUCAAAAUUGUAUUGUUUUACAACUGGGUUGGGUGAGUUAUCAUUUAAAUCUGGCGAUCAGACACGUUUUGUACGAGGACCAGCUUGUGGAUUUUAAAUUGAUGGGCAUAUGCAAGUUGCGGAUGUCGCCUAUUUUCCAAACGUGUUCUAAGCGCUAAAGUUUUUGUAUGAGUUGAAUGCUGGUUGUGGAUAAGUGGAGGCAAAGGGAAGGCCCGUGAAGCCUCGGCUUUGGAGUGGGAGUCAUGGCCGGAAAUUUUGACGCAGAGGACCGUGCAAGUUGGUACUGGGGAAGAUUAGGUAGACAGGAGGCAGUUUCACUUUUACAAGGACAGAGACAUGGAGUGUUUUUGGUGAGAGACUCUAUCACAAGUCCAGGCGACUACGUGCUGUCCGUUUCAGAGAAUUCCAAAGUCUCGCAUUACAUAAUCAACAGCAUCAGCAACAACCGGCAGUCUGGCUCAGGUAAGAGAGACAUGCUUUGGGGCUGCAGAAUACAGGAGCCAACCAAGGUAUCCGUUCUUGUAUGACUUCAGUGCAACCGGAUUUACAAUAACGCAUGCAAUUCAAUGAUAAAAUAUUAAUCCAGCAAGCCACUCCACGUUUAUUUGGCUUUAUUUGGAACAUAAUUUUAGAUGAACUUCCUACAAGUGAAUUAACCAAACAGUGACAUUUGGAUUAACCAGACGUCAACUAUGUAGUCCACUGCCUUUUAUCGGCCAGAAAUGUGGUAAUUCACAUGCCAAUUAAUAAGGCCUAAUACCUUUGGCCAGUGAAAGGGUUUCUGUUGUUCUUUCCUUCUUUUCUACUCAUCCCUCUUUUCCCACCCUCCUCUCCCAGGCCUGGCGCCACCACGGUUCCGCAUAGGGGACCAGGAGUUUGACGCCCUCCAUUCCCUGCUGGAGUUCUACAAGAUCCACUACUUGGACACCACCACUCUGAUAGAGCCGGUCAACAAGGCCAAAAAAUCUUCCUUCGUCAACGCAGGUGCUGGAGGCCUGCCGCAGCGGCUGGAAGACGAGUUUGUCCGUGCCCUCUUCGAUUUCCCAGGCAACGACGAUGAGGACCUGCCUUUCAGAAAGGGUGACAUCCUGCAGGUUCUGGAGAAGCCUGAGGAGCAGUGGUGGAACGCCAAGAAUUUAGAGGGGCGUCCCGGGAUGAUCCCUGUGCCCUACGUGGAGAAGUACCGACCGGCCUCUCCCACCUCGGGGGGCCCUGGAGCAGGGGGUCCCAGUGGGGUGGGCUCGGUAGACAGCUCCAGUGUUCAGGGCCCUCCUCUGCUAGACCCGAGCCAGUACGCCCAGCCCACAUCUCUUCCCAACCUGCAGAACGGACCCGUCUUUGCCAGGGCCAUCCAGAAGAGGGUGCCCAACGCCUACGACAAGACCGCCCUUGCCUUAGAGGUACCUACCUAGCUUUGCUCUCUUGUUCUCUCAUCUCCUCUUUCCCUUUUAUUCAUCAUCCCUCUCUCAGAUUCUUUGAUACUCUUCAUUUUGUCAUGGAUUUUCCUUUGUCCACAGCCUUCAGUGCAAUGAGGCUAAUCAUUACUGGUCUUGUACAACAUAUAUUUUCUUUGGCAUUAUGUCAAAAUUAUGAGGUCAGAGAAUCAAAUCACCUUUUUAUUCAGCCUUUUCUUUUUAUUCUUUAUCAUUAAUAGUGAUUUAGAAUAUUGAAUUGAUGACAUUUCUGAAUGGUUGUCGUCUGUACCGUCAUAGUUGUAAUGCCAAUAUCAGUGUCUUAAGUGGUAAUCCUCACUACUGGGACUGGUUUGAACUGUUGUAAAGUCAUAAUCUGGAGAAGUCCCUAUGUUCUCUCCCAGUGAGGCAUUCCAAGUUAUGUCUUCCAUUUCCGCUCACUGCUGGAAGGAAUGAAGGAGUUGGUAUGUGACCUCUGUGACUCGUUGUCUGUGACUUCCUCCUCAGGUUCUUAACCAGUCGCAUGCCCCUCAGGGUCCCAGUCGCCAGGCUUGUUAAACAAGUUAGUCUGGGUCGUAUCCAUUAGUCACCAAACAGAAGAAAACGGACUGAAACGGGCAGGGACUUUCCUGAUCUUGUCCAAUAAGCAAUGCUUAUUUUUGUUUUUCAUUGCAAAACGUUUUGCUACGGGUGUGCUCUAUUGAAUAUGACCCAGUGCAUGCAGGGUGGUGGUCAGUCAGUCUGAACUCAAUGGCCAACUGCUCUAAAGCUCAUUAGAGAAUGCUGCCAGAGGCUCCCUCCCUGACUGUCUUAACAAACUGUCCAGAAGGGGAAAGAGGGCUUCCAAAGCGAAGGUCGUUGUGGGAAGGAAAUACUUUGUGUAGAGGAACAUUUCCUUUCAUUUCUAUGAGGACAUUACUCUGAGCCAGAGCAGCCUCUGGGCGACAAGCCAGCGGUCUCAGUCUCAGCUGCCCCCCUCUCUCCUCUUCUAACCUGCUUGGGGAGAGGGGAGAGGGGAGAAGGGAGGUGGAGGGAGUGAAGGAACAGUAACACUGAAACAGAUACAUGAUCUUCACUUUCUGACCUUCUUUCUGUCUUUAUGGAAUCAGCUACAGGCUGGAGGUAGUCUGUUUUGCCUCUCUUUUGAAAGACUGAAGUGUUACGCUACAUGCUUACAAGGACAAAAAGUAAUGUCAAAGACUUGUGUGAAAAUGUUGCAUUACUUUUAUUUACUUUUGGUUCCCAGACAGUUUAUAUGUUCUACCCACCCAAGAGUCAGUCAGCACUGCGCUCCACUGAUAACCAACAGGAUAUUUACCCUCCAUAAAGGUGUUUGCCAGUGGUAUGACUAAGGAGGAUAUAGGUUUAAUGAAUGACGUAAAUGUGCCCUUGAGCAAGGCACUUAACCCUCCUGUAAGUCGCUCUGGAUAAGAGCGUCUGCUAAAUGACUAAAAUGUAAAUGUAAAUGUAAUGAUUAGCUCCCUGCACACACUUCCUGGUCACAUCUUAGUAGAUGGUAGUACUUCACUCUCUUUAGAAGAAUGGUCCACCUGUAAUGAAGAGGCCUACAGGAUGAACCGUCAAAUGGACCUCUGCAGUACUGGUUUGUGUUAGUUGCACUGUGAUUUGUGUGUGCAAGGCCAAAUGAACUGCUGCGAUACAUAGACACAAAGUUUCACAAGUGGCUAUCUUGCUGCAACUAAAACGUACUGAAAUGGGGAGUGUCUCCCUGGACUUGUCCAGUAAGAAAGGCACAUUUUUGUGUUCCGUUGAAAAGCGUUUGGAAAUGUUUUCCGUAGCGUGCCCUAAUGAACAUGAGCCAGGUCUGUCUGUUUGACGAGUCCUUCUCCUCCUGCAGGUGGGCGACAUGGUGAAGGUGACAAAGAUCAACGUGAACGGCCAGUGGGAGGGCGAGUGCAAGGGCAAGCGCGGCCACUUCCCCUUCACCCACGUUAAGCUGCUGGACCAUAACAACCCUGAGGACGAUGCGAGCUGA